UGGAAGGAUGUUUUCAAAACAACACCAGAAGCAAAACUAACAGAAACUUCUUCUUUUCCACUUGAAUUAUAAAACAUUUUGUUAGAUAUUAGAAUCGUUUAAGCAUAAAUAUUUCAUAUUUAAAAUGACCAGCACCGACUUAAAGACGCUCAGGGUACUAUGCAUACAUGGGUACAGACAAAAUGCAGAGGCGUUUAAAGGCAAAAUUGGCUCUUUUAGGAAGAUAUUCAAGAACAAAAACGUCGAGUUUGUUUUUCUCAACGCUCCCCAUGAAGUUCCUCCUAUCGAUACAGAUGGGCAAAACGUGACUGAAGAGAUUCCAGACCAGAGGGGAUGGUGGUUUUGCUCGGAGGACAAGAAGUUCAGUGGGAAAACGUUCUGUGAGAAAGGUUUUGGAUUUGAGGAGAGUCUCAAUUUGGUUGAAGAAACUUUUAAGACCCAGGGACCAUUUGAUGGUGUGCUAGGGUUUUCUCAGGGUGCAACUCUUACUGCAUUACUUGCUGCUCAUUCCCAAAGUAACCCAAAUUCAUCGAUAAAAUUCAGGUUUGCUAUUUUGGUUGCUGGUUUCAAGUCACGAUGCGAAGCUCAUGCUAUCUAUUACAAGCAGAAAAUUACACACCCUACUCUUCAAGUCAUGGGCGAGACUGACAAUGUAAUACCAAGAGAAAUGAGUGAAGAGCUUGCUGAGUGCUUUGAAAAUCCAACUGUUCUUCAGCAUUCUGGUGGGCAUUACGUUCCAGCUACUGGUCAGCAGAAACCGGUUUAUAUCGAGUUUGUAAAAAAAUUUUACAAUGAUGAUUAAAUUUGAUAUACUUUUCAAAUAAGAUGCAAUUUUUUAA